AUGUUGGCCCGCGACCCGGUGGUAGCAGAGCGCUUCUUUGCAGCUUUGCCAGACUCCUUCAGCGCGUCCGAGUCGGAGCUGCUGGCGGCGCUGCAGCAAGUGGCGCACUGCGCCAGGCGUUUGGGACUGCCAACGGGCGUGAGCUUGCAGGAGUGGGCGGAGAGGCGCGUUCCAUCCGAGCGGGUGGCCGAGGUAAAUCAGACCGGCCUCGUCUUCGUGGGCCGGGCUGCACCGUCUGCGCUGGCGCCCGCGGGCCGAAGCGGCGCCGCGGGCCGAAGCGCGGCUCGCUUCAGCGAGCCGAAGGCCUCGGUGGUGGGGUCGCUGGUGGCCGGCGUGCGGUCCUUGGGCGCGGGCUUGCUGGGCUUUCUCCGGAAGCCCAAGCUGGAAGAGCCCGAGAAUGGAUUCUACUACGACACCGCGCUGCAACGCUGGCGUCAGCACGGGGCGCCGGACCAGGACGUGUCGCAGCUGGAUUUCAGCACGGGACGGCCCAAGCAAGAGGCCGCUGCGGCGCUCCCGCCACCACCCAAAGGUCCCAGCAAGGAACUGGGCACCCGCCUGGCCCGUGGAACGGCGGAGUCCCUCUACGUGGACCCCAUGGCAGCUGUGCACGGAGGCGCUGGCACUUCCGCUGCGGGCAACCCGCGUGAUCUGGGAGUGGCACCUAGCUAUGCAGGUCCUGGUAUGCAGGUAGCUGCACACUUCAACCCGUGCAGUGAUGCCGCGUUUGCCGGCCAUGACUGCAUGGAAGGUGCUGGCAUGCAGGCUGCCGCCACUUUCAAUCCGGGCUGUGACACUGGUGCCAUACCAUUUGCAGAAGGUUGCGCGCAGGCCACCGUCGAUUUCAAUCCCAGUGAUGCUGCUACCCUGAGCUCUGCAGAAUGCAGCCAGCCAGGUGUGGUCAGCGGACCUUCCCAAGCGGCUGCAGGUGGACCCGGGGACGGCAGCUUGAUGCGUGGCUGGCGGUGA